AUGCUCCCACAAGCAGGGAAAAGAGAUGCUGAAUUGGCGACAUCGAAUCCAGAUGAAAAUGGUUUUGAGAUGGAGUUGGAUAUCAAGGGUGAUGGCGCCCAACAUCCAUCUGACCCAUUUUCCAAAACGUCAGCAAAGCGAAAGAUGUUAGGCACAAGCAUCGAUGCCCAGGCAACCAAACGCACAACCCAGGAAGAGACGGCAGCCAAGAAGCCAAAGACGACGAAGCAGCCAAAGACGCCAAUGAAGCCACCAACUGCCCCCAAGCCGCCAACUGCGUCCGAGUCACCAACUGCCCUGGAGUCACCAGCUGCCCCAGCUACCCCAGAGUCACCAGCUGCCCCCAAGCCACCAACUGCCUCGGCCAAGAAGCCUAAGACUGGAAGCACUGACAGCAAAUACUUCAAAAGGGGGGAAACUAGAACCUCAAACGCAGUAUGGAAGAAGACCAACGCCAAGCUACUGGACACCGCAUACCCACCGCCCUACCUCAAGGGCGUGCUUUACAUGUUGUGGUAUUUGCACGGCGGCGGCUUGUUUACAAAAGAGACUUUACACAGUUUUCAGUCUUGUUUGCUACGUUGGUCUGAGAAGGAGCCAAAUAUCACGGAGGCUACAAGGCUAGAGAAGAUACAAGAGCAGGUUGGUUCUUUCCAAGAUUUUCACAAGCACAGUCUAUUUCUCCCAAAUGCGAAACAUCCGUUCAAUUUUGUGCUGGUGAGGCCAGAGCUUCUAAAAGGAGUGGCCAGCCAUCUCAAAAUACAGGCAGAGAAAAUGGUUUGGAAGCCAAUUGAUAUUGAUCCAAUUGAAGCCAGCAACUCAGCAAUCCAAAACCUCAGUGUCCAUACACGGAACGAACGUAGCGCCUAUUCCAUGUUUGGGUGGGGAAAAAUUGGCAGCACCGGGCAUGAGUGGACUGAUGAUACGCCCCCCGACGAUUGGAAGGAUCGUGGUAGAACAUUGCUUUCGCCAGAGACAAUGGCGGAGAUCGACCAGUUGUCAUUGAAUACAGCCCGUCUCCUUUAUCCUGACCUUGGAGAAUGUACACUUGACGAUUUGAACCACACCUUUCUGGUGCAUCCAGGAAUUGUGCAGACCAAGAAAGCAUACCAUCAACGCCUUCACUAUGAUAGGCCCAACCCUGAAAAGGGGCGUACUUUCUUUUUGCACGUGCCUCUCACUACCGACGGCAUGUUGCUGAGAAUACUACCUGAGGGAAAAGAUAGGAGUGAGUUCAUCUUUGUACCAUUUGGUUGUGCACUUGCUGUUCCAGUGAACCUUGCCCAUGCCGGAAUCUAUGCCAAACCUGGGAGCAAAAUCAAGAAUAGUCGACUGCACAUAGUUGUCACGGCAAGAGACGCUGUGAAGUAUCAUGAAAAGCUCGACGUGUUGGUAUCCCUCCCAGAAUCGCCGUUCCCAACUCGUCGAUUUCAUGACGCAUUGAAACCAAACAAGGAGCAGGACCGGUUCAGCCAGAUGUAUGUGAAACUAUUGGAGUGUAUGGAGACCAAAGAACGAAAUCCCCCAUAA